AUGGAUGUUUAUUUUGAUAUCGCAUCUGUUUUAAGGCCUAUCUUCGAAAAGGUUACCUCGCUGCAAUUUUCGUCUCACAAAAUGAGGACGUUCUAUCAGAAGUGGUUAAACCUUGAAGAACGGUAUGGAUCUGAAGAAGUAAUUGAUCAGGUAAGAGAGAGGGCUGCCGUCUACCUGAAGACUCUGACAGACGCGAUGAGCACCGGUAAUGAACAGCAGCUCGAUGAAGAUUGA